AUGAAGUUUUCCCGCUAUAUCUUGGCACUCUCGGCCCUUGGCUCGGCGAUUGCUGCUCCGACUUCAAAUAGCAGCACCGUGGAUCGAUCAAACUUGACAAUCGCGUUAAUCCGUACGCCUCCGCCGAACUGGCCGCUGCCUCUCACGAACUACGACUACACCGACAUCACUUUCAACAUCAGCGAAUGUGUAGAUGUCGGAAUCGAGUUGAUCAAAGAGGCCAAGGCUAGCGGUUCCGAUGUCGUCGUCUUUCCAGAGCUUUGGUUCCCCGGAUUCCCCAAGGGUUCGGACAGCCACUACAACUUCACGCGCGAUUACCUUCCGUCGUACAUUGAGAAUGCCAUCGUGAUUGGCGAUGCGCAGUGGAACCGCCUGAUUGCCGCGAUCCAGGCAGUGGGCAUCUACGCCAACCUUAACUUUGCAGAAGUUGACGGCGACUACAUGUACAUGUCUCAGGCAUUGAUAGACCCUCAAGGAAAUAUCAUGCACCACCGCCGUAAGCUUCGGCCGUCAGGCGCAGAACGAUACUUCUUCAGUGACGGUGUGGCCGAGGAUCUCAAAGUCUUAGAGACUGACUACGGCCGAUGGGGAAUGCUGGAGUGCGGAGAGCAUAUGUACCCCAGUAUGACGUUUAACAUGUACGUCCAGCGAGAAAAUGUUCACUUCGCGCCUUUCCCCUAUCUGGCCGGCGUCGGAGACGAGACUUCGCUUUGGUGGGAGAACGAAUGGGUCAAUACCGGCACCCUGAGCGUCUACUCUGUUCUCAGCGGUGCCUACUCCUUUGUCGCAGCUAUCGGCGCGACUUUCGUGAUAGACCCGUUCGGAUCUCGCGUUGCUCACGUCAAUGCCAACGCAAGCUUCGAGGAGUUCCCGAUGCUGCACUACAACCUCAACACUAGCGGCUUCAACAGCUCUCAGACGUAUGACAUUAAUGGGCAGGCUUCAUGGGGGACGUUGAGCCAAAUUGCGGAUAGCUUUCCGGGGUAUGUGCCAAAGGUGGAGGGGGAGUUCGUCAAACAAGAGAACGUCUCGAUUGAUUACUUGAUGACGGGGGAGCUUGUCAUCCCGUCUUAG